CGAUAAACGAAAAUAUUACAAUGCACAAGAACUACACUUUUCAUAGCGACGACUAAGAUGACACGGAAUAUUCUCAUCGUCGGUGCUACUGGCCAGCAAGGCAAAGCCACCAUCCACGCGUUAUACAAAGCUCUCAACGAACCAUCUCAACAGCAAGACAUCAGGAUUCUUGCUUUGACGAGGUCCAUCGCAUCUCCAAAGGCCCAGGCACUUCAAACAGAGUACCCAUCAAUCACCCUUGUGCAAGGAGACAUCCAAAAACCGCAAUCCAUUUUCGAACUGCACCCUAACAUCUCAUCAAUCUUUAUCGUCACAGUCCCACCAAACGAUGAGGCGCAAGCACUGCCUCUCAUUGAAGCAGCAACAGCGCAUCUAUCAGUUGAUCACAUCGUCUUCUCCAGUGUCGAUCGUGGAGGCGACGAAGUUAGCUGGAGCCAACCAACUGAGAUUCCUCACUUUGCCGCCAAGCACCGCAUUGAGCUCCGACUACGGGAAUUAUGUGAAGAGAAUAACAAACAAUGGACGAUUCUGAGACCGACUGGAUUUAUGGAUAGCUAUAACCCUGGUUUCUUUGGUCAGAUGAUGGCAUCCCUUUGGGCUAAAGGUAUGCCAAGAGAUCGCAAGAUGCAACUGGUUAGCACUCAUGAUAUCGGCGUUUUUGCAGCAAAGGCGCUUUUGAACCCGGAGGCUUGGGCGGGAAAGGCACUAGCAUUGGCGGGUGAUGAGUUGAGCUUCUCUGAACUUCAGGAGAUAUUCCGGGAAGUGGUUGGAGAGGAACUACCACAGACUUAUAAGGUUGUAGCAUACCCUGUCCUAUGGAUGGUCAAAGACGCGUCUAAGAGCUUCGAGUGGUUCAGGGAUGCGGGCUGGAAGGCGGACAUCACUGCCUUGCGAGAACAAGAACCAGGUCUUCAAAGUUUUGCGGCUUGGCUCCGAGAGUCGAGUAAAUGGAAGUGUGUUUAAAUCCAAGGUUUUGGGGUUUUCGGGUAACAAUAGAUCUGUAGCAGGUGCAAUUUGCCUUUUAUAUCGAUAAAGAUAGUGAAGAAUUCCACCAUUUUAGUACCAG